AAAAUAAUUAAAAUAUUCAUUGUUUGUGAAAAUAUUCCAAUGAAUUGAAAGGUGCGGUGCGAUAGACUUUACCUCAAGAUUUAUCAACUGUAAGAAAGUUAUAAGACUUAUAAGUAUUUUCACCCACCAUCGAUAGACAUAGCAGAAACCCGUGUGACAACCCGGCUCCAGGAUAGAAAUCCAGUCUUGUUGUUUUUUGCGCGAAAACAAACCGGUUCCGUUCCGUCGUCGCCGGCUUGACCGCCAUCUUGGAAGUGUGCGUGCCUUCUUGGCCAACACGAGUACAAACAAUGUUUGUGGCGGUCGAGUAUGAAGAUAGACGCGGAUCGCGCAUGCUCCGCGCGGCACAACGGCUGCAUUGCAUAGCGCGCGACCGCAACUUGUUGAUUGUUCACUCACUUCGCGCCAGUCUGUCGCGAGCGAUGCGCCGGGAGGUCGUGUCUCGCGCCGCCGCCGCUCUCUCCAACUUCGAACUUAUCUAUCGGAAAUAUGUGAAGUUUCAAAACUCAAACUCGUGCAGAACUCCCGUACCGUUCGCUUUUAAUAAUGUUUAGUUAUCAUCAGACGUGUUUGAAGUGUAGUUUAUCGUGUUGAAACUUAAUAGGCUCACCGUUCCACUUUACCUGUGCUCGUCCCACGACCGUGCGAAGCGGCUACCUUAUCGGAUAAACGAACAUUUUUCAAAUGGAUGUGCUCGAGUUCUGUGAUAGUGUGCGUGGUUUGUGCGAUUACGAGACCUCGUGAGUGCUUCAGUGACAAGUCGCUUUAGCGACGUGUAAGAAAUAGUAAUAAAGUUAAGUUAUACUUGAAGAAUGUGGCGGGAAAGUCGUUGGGCGACGUUGCUGCUGCUGGGAUCGCUCGCAGUGGCGUCGGCGCAAUUCAAUAAAGCCCGAGAACACACAUCACACCACGUCACGAGGCUAAGGCACUCCAGGCACCUGCAAGGGAACACACCUAAUAUAUACACAGCAUCCUUCGCGGGUACAUCGCCCAAGCUGGCCGUGAAGGACAACCACAAACCGCUUUUCACCGAGUGCCUCACCUACCGGCCGACUGUGCAGGAGGAGCAGCCGCAAGGGACCUAUGUUUUUACGGUGCACGCCGAAGAUCGGGAUCCCCCGGAAAUGGGGGGCACCGUCACGUACAAGUUCGUGUCCACUCCUGGCGAGAAGGAGAGGUUCCACGUCGACCCUGAGACUGGCAGGAUCACUACAGCUGAUGUUUUCGAUCGAGAUGAACCGUCCAGAGAGAAAGAAGCGUAUAUCACUGUGCGAGCGAGUGACAACGGCCAACCACAGUUGGACGACGCUUGCACCAUCAAAAUAGUCAUCGAAGAUAUCAAUGACAACCAGCCAGUGUUCGACAAAGUUUCAUAUUCGGAAUCCGUGCCUCAAGACCUGCCGAGCGGGCGCGAGGUGAUGAGGAUAUCAGCGACGGAUAUCGACGACGGGAACAACUCCAUCGUACACUACAGUCUCGACACCAACUCCCCGGACCAAGCUUAUUUCUAUAUAGACCCCGACAACGGAGUCAUAUUCUUAAAUAAAACUAUUGAUAAAGUACCCGGCUACAAGUUCAAGCUGAGCGCGAUAGUGAAGGACAUGGGAGACCCGCCGCAGCAGAGCUCUAUAACUUUGGACAUCCAAGUGGUGGAGUCUAACAAGAAAAGUCCCUCCUUUAUAGAAGUUCCAGACGGGCCGAUAAGACUAAAAGAAAAUUAUGCGGAUUUCAAUGCGCAUAUAGCUACAGUUAGAGCUGUUUCAAAUAUUCCCGAAGAGAAGAAACUUCUAUUCGAGCUUGUAAUGGGUCAGACUGAACAGACGAAUAAAUGGCACACGUUUGUUUUGGAAUCUGAAGCCGACACAGCUUAUAUUAAGCUGGGCAACCAUUUAGACUUCGAAAAAAUUACAGAUUACACGUUAACAGUGAGAGUACAGAAUAAUUAUAACUUAGCGGCAGAAACUAUAAUUCAAAUAGAAGUAGAAGAUGUAAACGAUAACAUUCCAAUAUUCAGCGAAGUAAGAUCAGGCAGUGUCCUAGAAAACGAACCUCCUGGCACACCCGUUAUGCAAGUCAGAGCUUUUGACGCUGACGGAACUUCAGCUAACAAUCAAGUGACUUACGAACUUGCUGACCCAUCAGACCCUUUCUCCAUAGACAGCAUCACUGGCAACAUCACCACACUAAAAGAGUUCGAUAGAGAAGAACAAACAUACUACAAUAUUAAGAUUAUUGCCACGGACAAUUCUGAAUCUGCUCUGAUACCUGGGAAACACAAUUCUGGUCAGCAAGUGUUCAGGAUAGAGAUAGCUGAUAAAAACGAUAAUCCGCCUCACUUUACACAGGAUACGUAUAUUGCGGAGUCGAUAGCGGAAAACGCUAAUAUUAACGUACUGGUGACGCAAGUUGCGACAGUCGAUAAAGAUUCAGCUUCAAAUGUCUCAUUCAGCAUCGUCGCUGGCAACACUUACGAUGCUUUCGUUAUCAGUCCCAUCACAGGCGAAAUAAGAGUGAACAACAAGCUCGAUUACGAAAACAUCACCAGCUACAGUCUAGAUGUUCGAGCUUUUGACGGCCUAUACGAAGACUACGCGAAAGUUAUUAUCAAUAUCGAAAAUUUGAACGACAACCCUCCCAUCUUCCUCGCCAAUUAUUCGAAGACCAUCGAAGAAGAGAAGUUGUAUGAAGGAUGUAUGGUUAAGGUUGAAGCAUACGAUCCAGAUAUCAAAGACCGUAACGCUCCGCAAAACAUCCAUUAUUCUUUAGUCAAACACGAACAAAAGGAGUUUCUCAAAAUCGACGAUGAUGGAUGUUUAAGACUGACCAAGCCUUUGGACCGAGACCCUCCUACUGGGUACUCGACAUGGCAGGUCCUCAUCGUGGCUGCUGACCAGGGGGGCAAACUUGGCUCAGACAGCUUGAGAUCCACCACAGAAGUCAUUCUGCAGCUGACGGAUAUCAAUGACAACGCACCUUUCCUGACAAAUACGGAGCCCGUAAUCUGGUACGAGAAUGAACCGCCUGGCGAAGUAGUCACCCUGACGGCGAAAGACUACGACUCGAAGGAAAACGGCCCGCCUUUUACCUUCGCGCUGAAUGAUUCCGCCUCGUCGUUUGAUAUACGCUCUAAAUUCCAAAUCCAAGGCAACAAGCUCUGGACGCUCGUCUCGUUCGACCGGGAAGAGCGCAAAGAGUACAGAAUACCAGUCGCCAUCACAGACUCCGGGACGCCCCGGAUGACCGGCGUCUCCAUACUUCACGUGGUCAUUGGGGAUAAGAACGACAACCUUCGUAUGGCCAACAUCUUCGUGUACAACUAUAGGGGCGAAGCGCCGGACACCGAAAUCGGUCGCGUCUACGUGUUGGACCCGGAUGACUGGGACUUACCGGACAAGAGGUUCAUGUGGCUGCCUUCCUACGAACAGAGAAGCCCAUACUUCGACGUCCAUAGCAAUACGGGAAUGAUCACUAUGAAGACCGGGACGCCAAACGGCACUUAUAUGCUGAAGUUUAACGUGACAGAACAGAAUGAGCCUAUCGUCCCCUUCCAUUGGGUGGAGGCCACGGUCAAUGUGACCAUCAAGGAGAUACCUGAAGAAGCCGUGGACAAAUCCGGUUCCAUCCGGUUCAUUAACGUCACUGCUGAGGAGUUCAUCGUGGACGAGGGUGAUGGCUCAAGUAAAAAGGACAAGCUGCACCACCGUCUAGCGAAGCUGUACAACACGUCCUUGGACAACGUGGACGUUUUCACCGUCUUCAACAAGCCCACAGUGAAAGACGCGUUCCUGGAUGUGAGGUUUUCUGCACACGGCUCGCCGUACUAUCCGCCGGAGAAACUGGACAGCAUGGUCACCACUAUUCAGGAGGAGUUGGAGAAAGAGCUGAACGCCAGAAUAUACAUGAUCAACAUCGACGAGUGUAUGAUCGAGAAGGUGGAAUGCGAAGACUCGUGCCGCAACGUGCUGAUGAAGAAUAACGUGCCUCUCUCCGUGUACACGAAUACUAGCAGCUUCGUUGGAGUAUCUGCGAGGGUGGAGCCGGAGUGUACGUGCGAAGUGGAGAGCAGGAUUGUGUGUUUGAAUGGAGGAACGCCGUUCGCCGACAAAUGCGAAUGCCCCGAGGGACUCACCGGGCCGCGCUGCGAGCAGACCUCGAUCGGUUUCCAUGGUGACGGCUGGGCUUUGUACCCGCCGCCGCCGGCCUGCCACGAGGGCCACAUGACCCUCACCGUGACGUCACAUACGAGCAACAGCUUGGUCUUCUAUCUGGGGCCGCUCAAGUAUAACCCUCUGCUUGAUGUGCAAGAUUUCCUCUCCCUGGAACUGGUGGACGGCUACCCGAUUCUCCUAGUUAACUACGGCUCUGGAACGACGAGGCUCAACAACAGCGUUGUCCACGUGGCCGACGGCAAACCGCAUCUCAUCGAGAUUGUGCUCAUGAAGAGCUCCAUAGAGAUGUUCGUGGAUAGAUGCAAGCUGUCUACUUGUAUGAGCUUAGCAGCGCCUAUUGCACCGAGGGAGAUACUUAAUGUGAAUGGACCCCUUCAACUGGGCGGAGCGACCAUCGACUUCAGACAUUUAGCGCACCAGUUUGGCUGGCAGCACGUCCCGACCAACCAGCAUUUCGUUGGCUGCAUCAGCAACUUCACCUACAACGACUUUUACUACAACCUGGGCGAGCCGUCCGUGCACCGCAAGGCGGAUCCGGGCUGCCAGCUCAGCGUGUCCACAGCUGUCACUUUUGGCAUCGACACUAACUUCCUGGUCGCCAUCUUGGUUUGCAUCGCCAUCUUAGUCAUCUUACUACUAGCAGUAGUAGUCCACCGGCGCCGAGCGGACGCCUGGGCGGAGAAGGAACUCGACGACAUCAGAGAAAAUAUCAUCGCGUACGAAGACGAGGGGGGCGGCGAGGGGGACGCCGGCUACGACCUGCACGUGCUGCGGCAGAUGUACGACGGGCCGCCGCCAGAGGACGGCACGUUCAUGCACGCUCCAGGUGUAGUAGGCGCGACGCCUGACAUAUCCGGGUUCCUCGACGACAAGAAGUCCGUACUGGACCGCGACCCGGACAUCAACCCGUACGACGACGUGCGACACUACGCGUACGAGGGAGACGGCAACACUAGCGGCUCUCUCUCGUCGCUCGCCAGCUGUACUGACGACGGCGACCUAAAAUUCAACUACCUAUCCACGUUCGGCCCACGGUUCCGAAAACUGGCCGAUAUGUACGGCGAAUCGGACGACGACCGGGCGCCCCACGAGGAGUCGUGGUGCUAGCGCCACGCCUGGCUCGUGUAGCCACCCAAAUCCACCCUUAUAUGACUCUUACACAAGGUAGACAACCCUGUGAGUGAAUAGACCAAGCUUCGAGAUGCCUUAUCGCUUCGCGGCGUUUAGGGAUGGAAUUCUGUACUUCAAAUCUUAUUUUAUAUGUGAAAAUCUUACGCAGCGUAAAACUGAAAGAAGGCAUACACAUCUUCAUAUUAACAGCAAUUUCUCUAAUAUGUAUAAAAUGGGGUUUGAUAGUUGUAGUGUGAUUCCACCCUAAUUUUCGAGACCGUAGCCUGUGUUCCAAGUGAAAUUUAAGUGAAGGACCCACCGUCGGAAUAAGUUCCAUGUUAACAGAAAUUGAUCGAUCUAUAGGUAAUUAAGAAGCCUGUGAUAAUUAAUACGAUUUAAUUUACAAGCACAGGAACUAAAGAGUUCCAUUAUGAGAAUUUUAAGGUUAGCUAAUAUUACGUCAUUUUGAGUUAUAUUUUUUUACUUUGUGUAAAGGUUUAAUAAUAUGUCUUCCAUUGAUUUCUGAGCCGAAUGAAAACUUGAUUUUAUUUGAAUGUUUAAUCUCCUUAUCAUCAAAAGAAGUUCUUUUCGAAGUAAUUAUUAUUCCCGGAAUAUCUUAGAAAUACCCGUAAAAGAAAGUGACAGCUCAGAAAUAAAUUGAAUUGUAUUAAACCUACCAAUUUAUGUGGUUUUCCAGCACAGAAAGGUCCUUAUGCUAGCAGUAAGAUCCUUUUAAUCUGAAAUUCAAUAGAAAUACUGAUAAAACGAUCCUUAUUGCAAGUGAAGCAUAAGGGACCCUUCAAGCAUAGAGUGCCACUACUUAAUAUCCAAUUUUGAACCUUCGCGUAACAUCACUUAAGAAUAUUCAAAACAUUAGACAUGUUAAAUAUGUUUUUAAGAAAAUGACUGAUUUGUAAAGCUGUUUAGGCAUCGUUGUAGAUACGCCUAAAUUAUUUCUUGUAGAUGGUAAUUUUUAUAUAAAUUAAACUUAAGUACGUACAGCUUGGUUAAGCGUAAGUAAUUUUAGUGUUUGUAAGUACUGCUGUAUGUUCAAUUGUUCAUUACUUUUGUAUGAUUGUAAAUUAUUGUGUUGAAGGAACAUUCUCGACCGGCAGUAUUUAGGCCAUUGCAGCUAUUUAAGUAUGAAUUUAAAGUUAAGUGCCAUUUUUUCACUUUUUGUAUUUAGACAUGAGUAUUGACCAUGUUUGGUCACUUUAUUCCGUUUUAAUAUUCAAUUUGACAAUUACCAUUUAAAAAUUGACAUUACUUUAUAAUUUCUCGAAGCUACAAUUUACAAGUGGUUAUCAAUAUCUAAUAUGACUAGUUGGAAAGAGACUUCCGCUUGUAACUUGUAACUUUUAGUUUUGAGAAAUGAGCCCUUCGUGGUGUACGGCCUAAAUGAAGGACAAAUUAUUUUUAGGAGCAAAAAUUACAGUUUUUUCUUUCUCUGUCUUUUCUUACCUGUUUGAAGUGUGUGACGGAGAAAGAAAAUGCAGUAUUGUAAUACAAAACAUUAAUUUGAUGAUGUAAAAACUCA